CGCUUUUCGCGGAAUACUGAGAAGACGUGUAGGCAAUUAUGGCAUACAGCGCGUUGUGGUAAGCUGAGCGAAUCAGCGGGCUCCCUUGAAAACCUGGCUGCGAGUUCAGAACGGACGGCGGGCGAUGGUGAACACGGAAGUUUAUGAUUUGCCGCACAGCGUAGAGCAGAGGGGAGCGAUGGCAUCCCGCAUUGCAAGAGCAGUACUCAAUUUCCAGGAUCAGCUGCUGGAGGCGGACUCCAACACUGGAUCUCUCUGUCAGGUCUGGCUUCCCGAAGUCUCUGAAGAUGGCGAUGUGGUCCUCCGGACAAAGGGGUUACCCUUCUGCGUGGCGGGCGUGGGGGAUCUGCUGGCGCUGUUCCGCUGCAUUUCCUGCCGCUACUGCUUCGGCACAGAUGCCACCAAGCCCGACAUGCUCGGAGCUCCGGGGCGAGUCUUCACCACUCAGGAGCCGGAGAUGUCGCGCAACGUGCAGAAGUACAGCAAGGAGGUGUAUCUGCGCGCCAGCGAGGCGCAGCAGUGCCGGGUGCACUCCACCGUCGUGCUGCCUCUCUUCACAUCCGCCGACCGCAAGAGCUCCUUGGGCGUUGUUGAGGUUGUGCAGACGCGGCAAGACAUGUCCUUCGCCGAGAUAGUGUCCAACCUGGCCCGCUCCCUCGAGGACUGCAACCUGUUCACGUGCGAGGGCCUGCGAGGCAAGGAGAUGGCGGAGUCAUCGGACGCCAUCAAGCAGAUGGUGAAGGGCGGCCUCGUGCCCUCAAGCUCCACCCGGAGCAACUCCUCCGAGGCGGACAAGGCGGCGGCGACGGGCGACGCAGAGAACGAGGGGACCAGCGGCCUGACCGGCCGCGCCAGCACAGCUUCCAUCAGUGUGGAUCUGGCCGACGCGGCCUCCUUGGAGGCCGAGCGAAAAAAGAGUUUGGGGACGCGCACGCGCAACGCCAGCCUGGCGGCGGAUCUGCGAGCGGCGCUGAGGCAGCAGUCGCUGCGGGACUCGGCACCAAAAGAGGCGCUGGCGGCUGCCGCGGCGGCGCCGACGGCCGGUGCCGGCGCGGAGCAGAUGUCUGCGCGGGGGGGUUCCCUGUCGGAGGAGGAAGUUGACAUGGACGAAGACGACGACCUGGAAGAUGAGACAGAGGAGGAGCGAGCACGGAGGAAGGGCAAGGGGGCGGGCAAUCCUGGCAAGCCGGGCAAGCGGCUGCGGCUGGAGGAUCUGCAGAGCCAGUUUGGCGUGGGCCUCAAGGAGGCAGCCAACCGCCUCGGCAUCUGCCCCACCACCCUCAAGAGGGCUUGCAGGCGGCACGGCAUACAGCGCUGGCCGCGGCGGCAGCUGCUGAAGCUAAGCCGCGCGAUAGACCAGAUCAACGCCACCGGCUCCGUCAAAAGCGCCGACGGCUCCUCCCCGGCCGCCAACGGUCUGCAGCCUCUGCCGGGCCCGGACACGCGGUGGACGGCUCUGGCGCAGCUCAUCCCGGGGAUCGCUGUCCAGCCCGACAACCGCCAGCCCCACAAGACGCUCCCCUCCACCCAAGCCCUCGCCCUCACCCACUCCACCGACCAGCGCAUGCUGCAGCGCGUGGACAGCAGCGCCAGCGUGGACCCGUAUGUGGCAGCGGCAGCUGCCGAGCAGCUGCAGCGCUACCACUCCAACGGCUCCCUGCAGCAGGGGUCCCCCGUGGGAGCGGCCAGCGCCGGUUAUGGCCUGCCCAGCCAUGCAUCCGCGCAGCAUUUGCACCGGCAUGACUCCGGCGCCGUGGCCGGCGCCGAUGCGCUGGCGGGAGACGGCUCCGUGCACCGCGGGCAAGCUGCGUUCCAAUACCUGGCGGCGGCUGGGCCGUCCGUGGAUGCGCACAUGCAGCAGGCGCAGCAUUAUGGCAGUGCAAACAGCACGCCGAUGCCGAUCCCGGCCGGCUCCGCGGCGCACCUCGCCCACUCCUACCCGGGCGCCAUGCCCGUUGGCACGCAGCCGGCCAUGAUGCCUCAGGUGUUUGACGGGGGGCAGCAAAUCUCUGCCCCCCUGUCAAUGCCGGCCAUGUCUCUGAGCCACGUGCACCCCCCGACAGGACAGCACCAGUCCCCCCCGAUGAUGGUGGGCGGGGAGGGAAGCUACAGGGGGCAGGAUCUGCUCUCAUACUCCAACCAGCGCACCAUGAUCGAUGCCAAGAUGGAUGAGCACACCCACAACUGGAUGCAGCACGCAGGCAACGGCGCGCAGCACCACUUGGACCUGUUCCCCAGCGUGGAUGAUCUGGACGAUGACGUGGGAUUAGUGGACGCUGAAGUCCUGGAGAUGCUGCUCUCCAGAUGAUGCAUUUCCCUUUCCUAGCGCCAUUCAGCAGCUGCCUCUGAUGCCUGCCUCGGAAACAUCUGGAAUGAUGCCAGAGGACUCUUUAUUGACGAAAUUGUCACAUGUCAGAUUAAUUCGUCUGACUAGCUUCAGGCAUGCUGCAUCAGAUGCUCUGCCCAAAAUUGAGCCAGGGACCUGUUUCAACUGCACAUGCCUUUUCCUGGCUGUUGGCAUUGGUAUAGCCUUCGAUGCCCUGCUCA